UCCCUUAAAUUUCAAUUUCAUUUGAAGAAAAUUUCACUUCUGGGUGUUUGAUUUUCUCUGUGUUCUUGAAUUUGGGUCUUUCUUUUGGAAGAUGUCGGUCUCCGUCGCGGUGUCCAACUCGCCGGGAUUUUCCCCUUCCUCCUCGAUGUUCUGCAACAAGACGUCGAUUAUUUCUCCGGCGCCGGAGGCGCUGACACUCACUUUGGCUCAUUUGAAUUCCUCGUCUUGCUCUUCUUCGCCUUCUUCGCCUUCUUCCCCUUUUCGGAUUCGGUUUCCGAAGCCCCCUUCUGGGCUUUCCGCAGCGGCGGUGGCGGUGGCGGUGGCUUCCACCUCUUCUCCUUCAUCGGCGUCGUCCGGCGCGAUAUUGAAAAGAAAAAGACCGGCGAGGUUGGAUAUUCCGUUGAUGCCGUUGAGUUUUGCGGCUCCGGUGAUGCCGUCGCCGUCGUCGUUCAGGGAGGUCGUGGAGGCAGAGAGAGAUGGAUACUCUGUGUAUUGCAAGAGAGGGAGGCGGAGAGUUUCCAUGGAAGAUCGGUAUUCCGCCGUCGUUGAUCUACGAGGAAAUUCCAAAGAGGCGUUUUUUGGUGUUUUUGAUGGACAUGGCGGCGCAAAAGCUGCAGAAUUUGCAGCAAAUAACUUAGAGAAGAACAUUUUGAAUGAAAUUGAAACAAUGGCUGAUAACGACACUGAUUUUGAAGAAGCCAUUAAACAUGGCUACCUCACCACAGAUUCUGAGUUCCUCAAGGAGGAUCAACGCGGUGGCUCAUGUUGUGUGACAGCCCUGAUCAAGAAAGGCAACCUCGUCGUCUCCAACAUCGGUGACUGUCGUGCUGUUCUCAGCAGCCAUGGCGUUGCUGAGGCUAUCACGUCGGACCACCGCCCGUCCCGGGAAGACGAGAGGCAGCGGAUCGAGGCCACGGGUGGAUAUGUUGAUAUGUGCAAUAAUGGGGUUUGGAGAGUUCAGGGGUCUCUAGCUGUCACAAGAGGAAUUGGGGAUGCUCACCUCAAACGAUGGGUGAUACCUGAGCCCGAGACGAGGGCGAUUCGUAUCGAGCCUCGACAUGAGUUCUUGAUCUUGGCCUCUGACGGAUUAUGGGAUAAGGUGAGCAAUCAAGAAGCAGUGGAGAUUGCACAUCCAUUGUGCGUAGGGACUGAGAAUGCGCAGCCAUUGGUGGCGUGUAAAAAGCUUGUGGAGCUAUCAAUUUCAAGGGGCUCAGUUGAUGACAUUAGUGUAGUACUCAUUCAAUUGCCUAACUUCAUCUAAGUGAUAUCAAUUCUUAAAUGUACUAACGAAUUUUGUAUCUCUGUUGAGUUUUGUUAGUACCGAUCAUAUUCUUUUGUAUUUAUCCCGCCAAAUUUUAAUAAUAUUCAUUUUCAUAUCAU